AUGGAGGCUUGGCCGUUGUACGCUGCGCAGAAAUAUAAUAUAGUGGUGAUGGUGGAGAAGAUCAAGAUUGAGAUUCCGAUGAAUGGAUCGGAGACCGGUUUCGUGAAACGAGUCCGAUUAGCCAAAUCAGCCUUGAUCGAAACCGUCUCUACCAUGGCGAAUCUGACCUUAGAGCUCAACAUCUACUCUGCAAAAGAUCUGGAAAAUGUCAACCUUAUCACCAAGAUGGACGUAUACGCCGUCGUUUGGGUCGACGGCGAUGAUUCUCAGAAGAAUCACAAGGAGAAAACCGCCGUCGACAGAACCGGAGAAUCUGAGCCAACCUGGAAUCACGCCGUUAAGUUUUCUCUCGAUCAGAGGUUAGCCCGUGAAGGCCGUUUGACACUCGUCGUGAAAUUGGUAUGCGAUCGGAUAUUCGGCGGCAAAGAUCUCGGAGAGGUCCAAGUCCCGGUGCUCGAGCUUCUCAAUUCGUCGCCGUCUUUUAACGGUGACGGUAACGGAAAUGGCUUGGGGAUGAGAUUCGUGACGUAUCAGGUGAGGACUCCGUUUGGGAAAGGUCAAGGCUCGUUGACUUUCUCGUACCGGUUCGAUAUGCCGUCGUUUAAGCCGGAUGUACCGGUAUCACUGGUUUACCCGAACCCGAUUGAUACAUCGCUUGAUUUCCCGUCGACGAACUGUUCUCCGCCGUCUCAAGGAGGUUUUUAUCCGCCACCACCGUCAAUUGGAUAUCCGCCGUCGUCUCAGCCGCAAGGCUAUUCCGCACCGCCGUACCUGUAUCCGCACCAGUACGAUUCUCCUUACCCGGAACAUCCGAUCGCCGCUUACCCACCGUCUUCCUCCGCCUCUUAUCCACCAUCAUCCUCUACCUCGAAUUAUCCACCGUCUCCCUCCGCCUCGAAUUAUCCACCGUCUCCCUCCGCCUCGAAUUAUCCACCGUCAUCCUCCGCCUCGAGUUUCUAUCCUCCGCCGCAUCAUCCGUAUUUGUAUCCGCCGCCUCCUGAUAAACCCGGUCAUUCGUACUACCAAACGCAACCGUCUCAGUCGUUUCACGGGUAUGUGCCGCCGUCUCCCCAGAGUCAGCAUGGAUACGGUUAUCCGCCGGGAAAUGGUUGUCCUCCGACGCAAACGCCGCCGAAGAAGAAUAAACCAGGGCUUGGGCUUGGAAUGGGAGCUGGGCUUCUGGGAGGAGCAUUGGGUGGGCUAUUACUCGGCGAUUUAGUGUCCGACGCUUUUGAUUUUUAA